UUUACUUCCGGAAUAACAAAGAGAGGAGCACAUCACCCUACAACAUGGAUGAGCAGCUCAAAAUUCUGCAGUCGAUUGGUGUGUUGCAAAAACCAAAUAUUAGAAUAAGAGAUCCAGCAAGAACUGAAAAAGUUUUACAAAAGCUGAUUCAAGAUGGAAAACAGAAAUUACAGGUAGUUGCAGAUUUUGAUUUUACCUUAACAAAAUUUUCUCACCAAGGAGAAAUGUGUCCCUGUACAUUUGCUACUCUGGAGCAAAGUGGAUUAUUACCAGAUUUUUAUAAUGAAGAGGCCUUUCAACUUUACAAAUAUUAUUAUCCUAUUGAAACCAGUCAUGAGAUGACAACAGAAGAAAAAAUUCCUCAUAUGCAACAAUGGUGGACAAAAGCUCAGGCACUGCUGGUUCGGUGUAACUUCAAGAAGGAUUUAAUUCCAAAGAUGAUUAAGAGAUCUAAAUUAAGGCUAAGGGAUGGAUGUAGCACACUGUUCAAAAUAUUGCACAAGAAUGAUAUCCCACUGCUUAUAUUCUCAGCUGGAAUUGGAGAUGUGAUUUUGGAAUUGAUAAGAGAGAAAGAUGUUUUGUAUGAUAAUAUGAAGGUUGUCUCAAACUUCAUAAACUUUAAUGAACAGGAUCUCUGCCAAGGUUUUAAAGGGAACAUGAUUCACGUUUUCAACAAGAAUGAAAAUGCAAUCCACGGUUCAGAUUACUUUGAGAACCUGAGCCACAGGUCUAACAUAGUUCUGAUGGGUGAUUCUCUUGGUGAUCUUCACAUGGCUGAUGGUGCCUCGGAUACCUCCAGUGGUCAGGAACCAUGCAAACUCACAAUUGGCUUUCUUAAUACUAAUGUGGAAGAACGUAUUGACCAGUACCAAGCACAGUAUGAUAUUGUGGUCAUCAGUGAUGAGACAAUGGAUGUUUGUAAUGCAAUCCUUCAAAAAAUACUGUAAUUUAUUAAAAUGGGACGUGUUUUAGCAUGCAAAAUGUGUAGCUAAAAGCUUGUUUAAAACAAAUUGAAUGCAAAAAAUAAAAUCGGUUAAUUCUUCUUGUAUGUGAGAAAGGACUUGAACUGUAGCUGAGGGUUAACUUGGGUUAUAAGCUUGACAAUUUUUUCGAACAAAUUCAGUUUUAAAUGCAGCUGUACUUGUAUGUUUGGAAAUUGUUCUUUUUUCUGUCAUAGGCAUGUCUAGCUGUACUUGCCAGUUUUCAUUAAAACAUGACUUAAUUUUAGUGUUCUAUUCAUAUUUUUGUACAUGCAGUAGGGCCUACUUGUUAUUAGAGUGACUUUUGUAAGUGUUUUAAUUUUAGUGUAAUGUUUUUGUGCACACUUGUUAUCAGAGUGACUUUUAUUUUUUUCAUUGGUAUUUGUUUAUCUCAACAUUUAAGUAAUGCUUUAUUGACAAACAUUUUUAAAUAUUAAAAAAAAUGAAGUUUCAUCCAGGUACCUGUAUGCACAAUCAAUUUACACGGUUGUUAUAUAUGCACCAUAACCUCACAAGUAUGUAACAUUUUUUAAUGAAAAUAAAAAACAAAAAACAGAAA